CAGACUUUUCUUUAUAAAAGCCACCAACUCAUUACUCAUCACUACACGACCAAUUAUUAUAUUCAUCAUUUCCAUUAUUACUAUUUCCCGGCAGUUCUCCAAGAUGUCCCUUUCACUCUCUCUAUCCUACUCUUAUCUCCUUCUUCUUCAUCGAUCUCUCUGAAACUCCUCACCGUCCAAACCAAACAUGUCCGGAUCCUCCGGCGGCUGCUGCCAGUGCUGCUUCAGCUUCAUCUUCACCGUCGGCCUCACCGCCCUCUUCAUGUGGCUCAGCCUCCGUACCUCCAAACCCAGCUGCUCCAUCAAGUACUUCUACCUCCCUGCUCUCAACAAAACCCUAAACGACACCGCAAACAGAACUCUCUACGUUUCUCUCAUUUUAAAUAACGGCAACAAGGACAAGGGGAUUUACUACGACACCGUCAACCUCACCUUCAGCGUCCCCAACAACACUAAGCCAGUUGGCAACGCAAAUGUGACCAAGUUCUACCAGGGCCACAAGAAGAAGGCUACCAAGAAGGUGGAUCUGGGAUCCGACAAGCUCAACUGGACGGCGGUUUCCGGGUCCGUUAACGCCACCGGGUGGAGUCAUUUCCGGGUGGAUUUGGUGACGAGGGUGAGGUUCAAGAUCAUAUUCUGGAGGACCAAGAGGCAUAAUUUGAAGGUUGGGGCGGAUUUUGUGGUCAACGCUUCUGGGACCAAAGACUACAAGAAGGAUAUCAAGCUUUCUGCUGCAGAUUACCAGCUUGCUUCUUAUUCUCGGCAGCUCUGGGUUUUGCUCAAUUUCUUGGUCUUCGUUUUGCUCAAUCCUUGGUGAACUUUUUCUUUUAAGAAAAACAUAAAUUAAUAUUCGACUUCGAUUUUUACUGUUUCAAUUCAAAAAAGAAGAAGAAGAGGUUAUUGUCUGCCUUUUUAGUUCAGUAGGACACUGUUGCUAAUUGUUUUUAGGCAGCGAAAUUUCCCCGGUGAAAUAGCAGAUUCUUGAAAUGGAAAUUGGCAAGUAUUAUCUUUUGCAUGUA